UACUUUGGUCUGAAAUCAUAGUGAAGUCAUCAGUGGAAAAGUGGACAAAUAGCAACAGAAAUUUUUGGUGCAAAGGUUUUCUAAAAAAGGUUGUUGCGUUAAUUUGAGAUGGAAACAGUAAAAUAUUAUGCAAAUUUUGUGGAUCCUCAUUGGAUAGCUGUGGUGGCGACAGGAUUAUACACGCAUUUACGACAGAUCUGCAUAAUCGGUCUAUGCUUUGAGGAAGAGAACGUUUUGCCUUUCGAUCCAUCAUAUGCGUCGAUACCCUUCGUGUUCUCAGUUUUAUGUCUAUUAGCAGAAUAUAGAUUAUGGCCUGUAACUCUUAAAGAACCACCAAUUCAGCUACUUUACAUUUAUGAAAUGUUAGUAGCUGCGUUGAGCACAAAUUUAGCGAUCCAUAUGAUAUGGAUACCAAUGAUGCACUCAAUUUUUUGUCUAACUCAAAUAUCUAGUAAAUGGUUAUUAUGGUUGAAUACUACUAUGGGUCUGGAUAGUUAUUCUUGGUUAACUUUGUUUGCGAAUUAUAUGGCUGAAGAUUAUAUAGCCACAUAUAUGGCAUUUUGUAUGUCGUUAUUGUCGUUCGUAUGGAUGCUGGAUGCCACCGAAUCUCUCGACACAUUUCUGGAUACAUGGAACAAGUAGUGAAUUCCGAAAACUUCAAAUCUUAUCCUCAAAAUUGUCCGACAUGUAAUAAAAUUAGAAAGCUUACCCAUUUGUGAAUAUAUA